AUGAAGCCCAACAGCGAGUCAUUUACUCCAGAAGAAGAGAGGCAACUUAUUCGUAAACUCGAUUUCUGGAUUGUUCCACUCAUGAUGGUGACAUACACGUUGCAGAGCUACGACAAGGGUGUUAUGAGCGCUGCAACACAGUUCAACUUUAAUGCGGACUUGAAGCUCACGACGAUUGUCGGCCAUGAACCAGACGGGACUCCAAUCACAAAUAACCAGAAAUACGCCAAUGCCUCAAUGAUGUUUUACAUUGGAUAUCUUGUUGGCACAUACCCAAUGAUGUUCUUGUCCCAGCGAUACUCAAUAUCACGGGUAGUGUCAACCGCGACAUUCCUUUGGGGAGCCGUUCUCAUGUCCACCGCUGGAUGCUUCAACUAUACCGGCAUUAUGCUCAACCGCCUCUUUCUUGGUUUUCUCGAGUCAGCCGUUGCGCCCUCAUUCACUGUCUUGGUUACGUUUUGGUGGACACGAGAAGAGCAGGCCCUACGAACUGGGUUUUGGUAUAGCUGUGUUGGAGUUGCCACAACCAUCUCUCCUCUAAUUAACUACGGGUUGGGACAGAUUCAUGGCUCACUUCCUUCUUGGAAACCAAUCUUCCUGAUUCUUGGUGGUGUCACUAUCUUAUGGUCCAUCGUUCUCUUCCUCUUCCUCCCCGAUAACCCCAUGACGAGCAAGCACUUGACGGAUGCUGAGAGACACAUUGCCAUUCGCCGCCUCGAGAGAAACAAUGCAGGUACCGUGAGUCACGAGUUCAACAAGGCCCAGUUCUUCGAGGCUUUUCGCGACUACAAGCUGUACAGCUGCUCGUUCAUAGUACUUCUUACCGGUGUGCCGUCAGGUGCUCUUGGGACUUUUGGGACACUUGUGAUUAAUUCAUUCGGAUACUCGCAUUUCGAUUCAUUGGCUCUAACAUGCCCCAUUGGAGCAAUUACAGCAACUUCCAUUCUUCUCUCAGGUUACAUCACACGGAAAUGGAGAAACAUGCGAUAUCUGCUGAUUAUUCUCUGCGGUCUAAUUUCUAUAGCGGGAACUCUAAUCUGUUGGUUUGGGCCUCGCAGUAAUCGAGGAUUGUUAUUUGCAGGCGUGUUCCUAAUUGCUGUUCAAGUUGCCUCUGGAGGACUUGCUGUCUCUUUGGCAGCAUCAAAUAUAGCCGGUCAUACUAAAAAAUCUACUGUCAGUGCCUCAACUUUUGUUGGAUACUGCGUCGGGAAUGUUAUCGGCCCCGUUAUUUUCGGUGCGUCCCCGGGGCCAGUCUAUCAUGCAGGAUUCGUGGGGAGCUUCGUUUGCUUGUGCGGUGUUGUGGUGAUUGCAUCAAUCACCCUCAUCAUGCUGCGUAUGGAAAAUAAAAAGAGAGAUAAACGAACUGGUGCACCUAUUGGUCUACAUUCAAUUGAUGAAGAUCUUACUGACAAACAGAACGAAGAGUUUAGAUACGUCAUGUAG